CUACACAUCUCCAGCAGCGAUCUCCCGGAGGAAACCUAGUUGGACCUGCGUGGCAUUCAGCAGCCUCUACUUCUGCUACAGCACAAAAAAUCCGAUUGCAACAGCUGCAAAUGGAAAGGGAGAGGCUCAAGCAGCGACAACAGGAAAUUAGGCGACAGGAAAUUUUAAUGAGAAGUAGUAGUGACAUACCUGUUAUGGACCCCUUCCUGUCCAGUUUGACUGACCAUUCGCGACAGGAAUCUGGUGACAGUGGACUAGGUAUGGGUACUUCUUAUUCGAUGCCACACACUCCAGAAGACUUUCUUGUUGACAAUAUGGAUGAUAAUAUGGAAGUCGGUAGAGAGAGCCACACAAUGGAUACUCCGGACUUAACGAGCUUGAGUGAUAAUAUAGAUUCGACAGAUGAUUUAGUACCUACUUUACAGUUGGGGGAAGAGUUUCCCAUAUUAGAGGACGUUCAGUCAUUGAUAAAUCCUCCGACUACAAGACCUGAUAAUGUACUCAUUUGGUUGUAAUGCAAGUGCCUGAAAUCUGCUCAUAUCUUUCUGAACACUUUAUUGUAGGCAAUUAAUUUCUAAUUUGAUUCAUUUGCUUGGUUAAUACAUUGAGCACACAUUCUUAAGUCGUUCUCUUUUGGCAAUAUUGGUCACAUUUGAAAUGACAAUAACGAAUAUUUUAUGAAUUUUUGAAACACUUUGUAAUAUUGUAUUUUGUCAUAGUUUACAAGAACGUUAUUUCACUGUUGGGUAUGUUUUUCAUACAAACAUAGUUUUAAUUUAUUAGAUAAGGCAAUUGUUACUUCAUAUUCGUCAGUUUGUGUGUCUGCUUACAACUUUGAUUCUUCGAUGAAGGAAUAAUUGAACCAAUCUAUGUCACUGACACUUGACUUAAUUUUUCAAUUGAAUGUGCAUUCUAACUCAUAAGAUCUCAAAACUGAUCGUCAUCCAGUGCAAUGUUAAUUUUUCAACGAACUGACAAAUGAAAAGUAGAUGAAACAUUUUUAUACAACAUAUUUAUUUGAAAAGAACUAAUUUUCAUUUGAUAUUUAUAUUUAUUAUUGUGGUCUAAUAUGUUAUUUAUUAGGUUGAAAAAAUUUUAUAUAAUACUUUAUAUAGGGAAUUUUAUAACAUAUCCACAAUUGAUUGUGUUUCGAUUGCGAAACAAAUAUUUACAUCCCCUCUCCUUAUUAUCUAUACAAUCGCAAUUUAUUAAGUUUCUUGAUAUUUUAGUAAGAUAUACACGUAUAUCGUUAUUUUUAAUGUUUAAAUGUUAUUUUGUAGUAAUUUUCUCCGAUUGUUCAUGCCGUGAACAGUUUUGAGUAGAAAUCGUUUUGAUGUUUCUGAUAACAUGAAUGUUAUCAAGAAAACAAAAUGCUCAUAUAUACAUAUAUAUUUAUGAAUUUAUAUAUUAUAACAAAUCCAUCCAUUUUGGUGCCUUUAAUUAAUUGUUGUAAAUAUAUUCGACAAUCGUUUUUAAUGUAAGUGUAAUACAUAAACUUUUCAAUUUAUAUACACACAAACACAGUUCAAGUAAUCUUUAAGGUGGUCUUUUUUUGCAAAUUUUACUAACUUAAUUGUAAGAAAUGAACGGAUCAUUUCUAUGAUACAUAACUAUACCAUAUUGUGUAUAUAGUGCCUUCAUAAAGACAUAACUGUGUUGAAAUUUAGCCUUAAUGUACCUUACUCGAGGAGCCAGGUAAUACUUACCCUAGUUUAAGUGAUAAUAACGGUCAUCACAAUAAUGGUAGUUUUGCUGGCAGAAUGUACUAUUUUGCUUUUGAUAUGUCCAUCUGUAGAGCUUAGAAGUAAUUAGGACAGCACCCAUGCAAAAACAUUGAAUUGAGAUGGCGUUAGUGUACUGAGAAAGUUUGAACCAUUUCAAAUAUUAGAUAAAAAAUACUUUCGUCUAAUUUCUACUAAGUUUAUGUUACGACCGAUUUCAGUUUGUUAGACCAUUCUCAAGUAACUAUUAACAAACCGAAACCGGUCGUAACCUUAGUAGAAAUCGACAAAAGUAUUUUCUUUAUCCUAUAUUCAAUAUGAAUUUUUAUAAAAUAAAAAGGUCAUCAAUCGAACAAGUUGAAUUUCACUAUCCUGGGCUAACUACAUGGCUUAUUCCCAAAUGAAAUUAUGCUAAGCUUGUAAAUGGUACUUAACAGCUCACACCAGUGUCAAACUGAUACUUAACGUUGAGUUUGAAAGAUGGCUGUACAAUAGAGGUAAUAUUUUGAGAUAAAAUUUGGUUUAUAUGUUGAAAAGAUACUGAAGUAAUUGAUGAUAUUUAAAUGUCACGAAAAACGGUUUGAAGUAAGUAAAAGUUUCAUAGUUUUGUUCGAUUUUUUUUUCCAAAUGGCAAUUUACACAAAUUUGUUGAUUCUUACUCUGUUUCACCGACAAUUUAGUUCAGCCUCUAACUGUAAGAUGUCAGAAUAUAAUUCAUGAAGUUCUUCUGUAAACCAAGAAAAAUUUUUUCAUUGAUAGUUAAAUGUAUCUGUUCAGGAGCAUGAAUUAUGACAACAUUCUCUUUAAAUAAAUCAAUUCAGAAUAUUCAUCAUAUUCAUAGUGAUAUAAGUUAGGCAGUGCAUUAUCUUUAUUUAUCAAGGUGGUAAAAUUUUUCUUUCGCAAGAUUAUUCACUAUAAUAGCUGGAUAGCAUAUAAUGAUUCUGUAAGCCACUGAUUCAGUCAGGCAUGCUAAAUGCAUAAGUAAUUUUCAAUUUUAUCUAUUUAAUCAAUUUAUUAUAGUCUGAGCCCCGAAAAUGUAGAGAAUAGGAUAGUUGAAAAGAAUAUCCACAUACAUUUUCUGCUUUCAAAUAACUGUAGAUGUCUGGUUUGGGUAAAAUAAAUUCUCAGAUUUUAGAACCCAUGCAUGUAUUCAGCAUAAACCCUUGCGGGUUGCGGUGGAGGGUCGAAAAGACCUACUCACUUUGGACCUAACCUAACCUAACGUAUUCAGCAGCUAAACAAUAUUAUUACUGAUAAUAUUGAAAAUCAGUCAUACUAUGCGUAGUAUUAAUAGUCCUACAUAUAAAUCGCCCUGGUCACCUGUGCAAGUGGACCUCUCUUGUGUUACAGAUAUGGAGUAUAGAAAUGAGGAAAGCACUCUUGCAGCUGUAAUCUUUCAGAGACUGAUCUGAAAACUGCGUUAAGGAAUUUUUUCUCCAAAAAUUAUAUAUUCAUCAUGUUCAUCAAAUUUUGGGAACAGUUUCAGUCUGAUUUCAAUACUUACCCUUAUGAUCGUCAAAGUUUUCAUUUUGUUUUUAUAUAUCAGUCUUCAAAAGUUUGUGUUAAGGUACAAUAGCCAUAAGGGGUUGCAAUAUUCAUAUAAUGAGGAAUACAAAAAAACAUAGAUUUUUUAGAAUUCUUCAAAACACGUGUUUCACAUGAUGAUAAGAACAAUGUCAUAUCUCAACUGUACAGUCAUUCAAUACUAUCUUUGAUGUUCAAAAUAGAAGAACAGGUUGUCAACCGAUGCAAGAAAUAAACAUAAUUUUGGUACACUAGCAGCAUUUCAAUUUACUAUUUCUGUUUUUCUAACUUCUGUUCUACACAUGAGUAUCAAACAAAUCGCACAAUUCAUAAUGUACUGGAUCAAGAUGCUGGAAAAUAUUUCAAUCCAGAUCCUAAAAUACAAAAAUAAUAACUUGUCCAAUAACUUAUUGAAGACAUUCACUUAUUCACUAACAAUAUGUAAUUUGAUUCAAUAAUUCAGACUUUGCUAACAUUAACAUUUCAAUUAGUUUUUUGAAUCCCAUUUGGCAAAUAUAGAUUUGAAGGAUUUUCAAUUCACAUAUAUUUCUAUGUAAUUACUGCAGACAGAUUUGCGUAAGAUAAAGUAUUACCAUUAUCAGAUGGAAAAUUACCAUCAUGUCUUACUACAUAUUUUUUCUUUGUGAAUAAGAUGUUGGUCAUAAACUUAUCUUUCAACAAAUCCCCUGAAUGUAGCUUUAUUUUUAGAUUUUGAAAAAGUUGGUCUUGUUGAUUGAAAUUAUAGUUACAAAUAAUUUUCAGUGCCGUCAUAUGUAACAAAACCGUUAAUUUUGUAAGGAGCUAUUAUCAGGUGCUAAUUUCGUGAAACUGUAGUAGUUUAAUUUUCCAUUUCUUCAAAUAUAUACAUCUUCUUAAAUAUUCCAAAGUUCACUAAAUAACUCACUAUGACACAUUCACUUAGAGUUCACCAAAUAAAUCACUCAAGAAUUUUAUUAGAUCUUUUCAGUAAAACUAUCUGUUCAUAUCUUGUAAAUAUUGAUUCAUCCUGAUAAAAUAUAAGUUUGUCACAUUCGAACAUUUUCAAUAUCACAUCCAGUUAUACCUCAAAAUCAUUUCUAUCAUAAGAAUACUUUCUAAUAUUGAAUGAACAAUUCAGCCGGUUGCUGUCCAAAUUGAUUUACAAAUUACACGAAAAUCUAUUUGAAAUCGACUUUUUCCUGUUUUUAUCUAUUCCCUGGGAGAGGCAUAUGCUUUCCUCUCCAGCACUAUAUACGUCUCUGUCUGGUGAUGUUGAAAUAUUCAAUUUGUGGUCAUUGACAGUGAAAAUAAUAGUUAAAACACAAAAAAAAUUAUUUCAAUAAAAAUGAUCUGUCAAGUUGAUUUUUCAAAAACGGUAUUGGUAAAUACAGAAUAAUAAUCCUUACAUGAAGAUGGAUGACAUAUUUUUUUGAAUCCAAAACUCAACUGGAUAACUGGUAAUCGAUUUAUCUUUGAUAAUAUGCUCUUACUACCAAACAUUCGAUUUGGACGAAGGUUUUUAUCAAAAAUUCAAUAGAGCUUUUAUUAUUUUUUUGCCGUUUUUUUGUAUAUGUUGAACUUUGGAAAGUCUUUGGUAUGUAAUAAUGUCAGUGUAUAUAUUUUAUUUCAAGUUGAUUCGACUUGAACAUCUGUAUAUUUAAUAAUAUCUUGUAAUAAUAUUUGCAUUUUGUAUGUUUCCAAUAAACACAACGAGAUAAGUAUUGUGAA